ACACACACACACACACUCUAUCUCUCUCUCUCUCUCAACCACAUAACUUAUUCAUGAGGACCGUAACAAGUAACCACAGCCCCACGCCGUUUUCUCCCCCUCUUUUUAAACCCCUUCAUCCCUCUCUCCCCCCUCCCAUAACCCACCCACCUCACUCUCACACCACAACCCCGUCUCUCUCUCUCUCUCUCACGACAUGGGAGCUAAGCAGUACCACUUCGAGCCAAUCACAAAAUGCAGCUCCGGCGGCCGAUCCAACCAGACCGUGGCGGCAGACCUCGACGGCACCCUCCUGGUCUCCCGCAGCGCCUUCCCCUACUUCAUGCUGGUGGCCCUUGAGGCCGGCAGCCUCCUCCGCGCCCUCCUCCUCCUCGCCUCCGUCCCCUUCGUCUACUUCACCUACCUCUUCCUCUCAGAGGCUUUCGCCAUCAACACUUUCGUCUUCAUCACCUUCGCCGGCCUCAAAAUCCGCGACGUCGAGCUCGUUGCCCGCUCCGUCCUCCCCAAGUUCUACGCCGAGGACGUCCACCCCGACACCUGGCGGGUCUUCAAUUCCUUCGGGAAGCGCUACAUCGUCACGGCCAACCCCAGAAUCAUGGUGGAGCCGUUCGUGAAGAACUUCAUGGGCGCCGAUAAGGUUCUGGGGACGGAGCUGGAGGUGACCAAGUCCGGCAGGGCCACUGGGUUUACAAGGAAGCCUGGCGUUCUCGUGAGGGAGCACAAGAGGAUGGCCGUGAAGAGAGAGUUUGGUGCCAAUUUGCCAGAUUUGGGACUCGGGGAUAGAGAGACUGACUAUCAGUUCAUGUCCAUUUGCAAGGAAGGAUACCUGGUGCCAAGAACAAAAUGCGAGCCGCUGCCAAGGAACAAGCUGCUAAGCCCCGUGAUAUUCCACGAGGGGCGGAUGGUUCAGCGCCCAACCCCACUGGCGGCCCUCCUCACCUUCCUCUGGCUCCCCAUCGGCGUCAUCCUCUCCCUCCUCCGCGUCUACAUCAACAUCCCCUUGCCCGAAAAGAUCGUCCGCUACAACUACAAGUUCCUCGGCAUCAAGCUCAUCGUCAAAGGCACCCCUCCCCCGCCUCCCAAGCCCGGCCACCCCGGCGUCCUCUUCGUCUGCAACCACCGCACCGUCCUCGACCCCGUCGUCACCGCCGUAGCCCUCGGCCGCAAAAUCAGCUGCGUCACCUACAGCAUUAGCAAGUUCUCCGAGCUCAUCUCCCCCAUCAAGGCCGUCGCCCUGUCCCGCGAGCGAGACAAGGACGCCCGCAACAUCAAGCGUUUGCUGGAAGAAGGCGACCUCGUGAUCUGCCCCGAGGGGACCACCUGUCGCGAGCCAUUCCUCCUCCGCUUCAGCGCGCUCUUCGCCGAGCUCACCGACCGGAUCGUGCCCGUGGCCAUCCACGCCAAGCAGAGUGUGUUCCACGGGACCACCGUCCGCGGGUUCAAGUUCCUGGACCCGUAUUUCGUGUUCAUGAACCCCAGACCGGUCUACGAGAUCACGUUCCUGAAACAGUUGCCGGCGGAGCUCACUUGCCGGGGCGGGAAGUCGCCGAUCGAAGUGGCGAAUUAUAUUCAGAGGGUGCUGUCAGGGACGCUGGGGUUUGAGUGCACCAAUCUGACGAGGAAGGAUAAGUACGCGAUGCUCGCAGGGACGGACGGCCGGGUUCAGGCGCCGACGAAGGAAAAGAAGGAAGAAGAAGAAUGAAUGAAGUAACUAAAAAGUAAAUCGAUUUAAAUAUUUUUAGUGAAUCGGUGGAUCUUUUUCUUUUUCACAUGUUUUGAAUUAAUCAAAUGUUGUCAUUACAAUAAACUUAUUGUGAGAAAAUCACAAGAUAUGAUCAGCUAAUCUACAUGUAUAUUGAUGUUAA